AUGUACUAUUCAGUUCAAGCAGAGCUAGCAAGAGAUUUUGAACGCAUUGCCGCUAAAAGAAGUUUGGCCACCGAAAUUAUUAGCCGUAUACCUUUGCAGAAAAGUAUUUCCACAUCAUCGAUAGUAGCUAAAGAGGAUAUUAAAGCUAUAGCUAGACAUUUAACCGAUAGUGAAGAUGAAAAUCAAAGUCUUUUGAGGGCACAUGCUAAAAUUGAAGUAUACGAUAACGUAGAGAAAAGACGUAAACGUGGUUCAUUGUUUUUCCGCAAGAAAAAAGAUAAAACAAAAAUGAAAUCAAUUGGUGGUCAGGUGGCCAAUUGUGAUGUUUGUGGUGUUAGUUUGUCCUUGGGUACUCUAAAAGAUCAUCAGCUAGAGUGUAAAGGAGGUGGUAGCGGCAGUGGCGGUAAAAAGGGAAGUACUGCUGGCCUAGUAGGCGGCCUAACUAAAAAAUCGGAUAAAAAUGAUAUGGGACAAGAUUUCUAUGAUGGUACUGAACAAAAUUCCAACUAUAAUGAUGAUAAUACACCUUUAAUAAGAUCCGAAUUUUUAAAUGAUGCCCCCAUAGAAGCUCAUGAUCUAAAAGCCGAUUCUGCUUUGGGCAUAUGCUUAAAAGAGCAUGAUUCUUGGUCACCCGGUAUACCUAAGGAUAUAUUGAAAACCCUUAAGGAUACACAAAUCAAAAGACAAGAACAUAUUUACGAAUUCAUUAUGACUGAAAAACAUCACUGUCAAACUUUGUUGGUCAUGCAAAAGGUGUUUGUGGAGAGUAUGGAACGCUAUUUUCCAACACUUAAUUGCAAUAAAAUGUUUCCUAGACUGCAAGAGUUAACGGAAUUGCAUUGUGGUUUCCUGAAGAAAUUAAGGCUAAAACAAAAAGAACAUUUUGUUGUAGACUCCAUAGCUGAUAUAUUAUUGGAAUUUUUCUCCUUGGAAAAGGCACAACAUUUGCGUCUGGCUUAUGGCGAAUUUUGUGCUAAUCAUCGUUCUGCUUUGGAGCAAUUUAAAUCCUGUAUGACCAGCCGUGAUCCCACAUUCUCUGAGUGGUAUAAACACUGUCUAACCAAUCCUCUACUAAAAAAGAAGGGUAUUCCAGAAUGUAUAUUGUUUGUAACACAACGUUUAACUAAAUAUCCCCUGCUAAUAGAGCCUUUAUUGAAGAGUGCCCGUGAGGAUAAAUUGGAAUGUGAUAAACUGCAGCAUGCUUUAGCUUUAGUUAAGGAACUGCUGGUCGAUGUAGAUGCUUGUGUGGCUGAGAAAGAGCUAAGAGAACGUCAAAUCGAUAUCUACAAUCGCAUAGAUAAUAAAUCAUUUGCUAUUUACAAAAAUAAACCUUUUCGCAAAACAGAUGUUGGUGUCGAAUCUAAACGUAGACUUAAAUUUGAGGGUUUAGCCACUUUAAUGCAGGGUAGAUCGAAAAUGCAAUUGGUACUUGUAGUGGUGCUGACAGAUUGUUUGUGUUUCUUAAAUGAAAACUCGGCUCAUAAUAAAUACAUGUUUUUCACACCAGAGCACAAGGCGGGUGUAGUGCCUCUACAGAAACUAUUGAUAAGAGAAAAGGCGGGCACAGAAUCCCGAGGUAUUUAUAUUAUCUCAUCGAAUCCCUUGUUUCCCGAAAUGUACGAAUUAAAAGUACAAACUCCCAAAGAUAAAAAUGUAUGGAUACAAUCCAUACGUCAAGCAGUACUUGACUGUCCCUCAUCCGAUGUCAUAGAAUCGGAAGAUUUAACACAUGAGGAGAAAUUGCGUAUUGGUGUUAAUAAAAGAGAAAUAAUAGAGAAAAUAAGACAAAAGGAUAUAGAACAGGCUAUCUUGCUAGAAGAAAAAAUACUCUUACAAUUGAAUCUAAUACAAAAAGAUCAAAAACUUUUUGCCGAACAACAGCCACAGGAACAACAAUCGCAACAGCAAAUUACUAAUGCAAGCAACAUGAGUGCUGCUCAAUUUCUAACUACAUUUGGUUCUUAUAAAGACCUGUCAGUGGGAGCCGAUUGUGACACUGGCGAAUUGUGGAAAAAAGUUUUAAAUACCGUACAGGAUAUAACACAAUUAGCUUACACUGUUUAUACGGCUGCAACAGGACAACCAGUCUCAAGAUCUGUUAGUUCGGUGGGUGAGAAGCACAGUGAUACCUACAACUCUCCUACGCUGCCCAAAAGAGCAGAAACUUUUGCUGGUUUCGAUGAGAAAAGAUCUAAAAACAAUUUCCCCUGUAGAGCCGACAAAUUGGGCACAUUACAAGUAUUAUCGCCACGUUUACAAGAACUAGAGGAAACUAAAAAAGAAACCAAAAACUCUUCAAUAAUAUCCACACUUCUAGCAACGGCUGGUGGGGAAACAGACACCCAAAUAUGUGAUACAUUAAACCCCAGUGGUGGUAGUCAAGCUGUAACCAAAGAUAAUAAUUUAGCUUUACUACAAGUUACCCACAAUCUACACACUCUGCUGUGUAUCAUUUCACAGCAAAUGACCACUAUACAAUCGCUGCAGCUGCAGUUAGCCCUAUACCGUGAAAGUCCCCGAGCCUCGUACACUCACAAUGAUCAGUUGGAAGAAUUGAGAAAUUUACAAGAUAAACUGCAGGAAGAAAAGACAGUUUGGAUGCGUCAGAGGGAACAGCAAGAACAGGAAUUGAAUGAGAAAAAAGAAGCACUCGAUAAAAUGCAGGAACAAAUAAACGCUCAACAGGAAGAUAUCAAACAGCAGCGUGAACAGUUGUAUAGAAAAAUGGAAGUGCUGUCAAGUCAAGGUCUGCUCAUUUCACCCAAUACACCACUCAAUAUAUCGACACAACUUCUACAAAGCUCGACAGCAAAUAAUGUUAAUGAAUUGGAUAAUGAUGUACAUGAUUCGAAUAGUGCGUCAAAUGUACAUGAUUUAACAGCAAAUACCGUUUCUUCUAAUGCAAAUGCCUGUAACACACCUACGCUAACCUCUGUAGCAAGUACAGUGGAUAGACGUAAAGAUAAAUGGCGCACGGCAUCGACAAUAUCAAAAACUCCACCUGUUAAUCUGCUAAGUGCUACAAAUGCUCCAAAAACUCAAGCCAAUGUGGUAAAACAAAAAAUACCCAUGAAACUAUCAUCCCUUUCAUCGACCACAUCGAAUUCUUCAUCUAAUGCGGGUGCAGCAAAUAAAGUCGAUAAAUCGAAUAGUUUUACCACCAACAAUCAUUACAACUCUUCCUCCAGUUCAGCGGCAGGCGUAACACAAAUGUUUCCCCUAAAAUUGGCCGAUAAACGUAAUAAUUCCUCAACACCUUUAGCCUCUCAACUAAUACCACAACACUCACGUACUGGCAGUUCUCCGGCCAUUAUACAACAUCCACAAACGACUCACAAUAAUGCUGUAAAUCUAACCUCACCCACACCACCCUCCUCGGCAGGAGUAACACGCACCGAUUCCUCAGCUACUUUUACAUAUGGUCAACGUUAUUCUUUGGGUUCAACCAACGCGGCCGUCACUUCUACUCCCACCUCCAGUCGCAUAAUUUCCCAUACUUCAGCGGCUCAAACAAAAAUACCUCAUAUGUCAAAUUUAACAGCAGCAGCAUCAACAACAUCUUUACCAUCCUCCUCAAAUCCAGCAACUUCCUCUUCAACAGCAGCAACAUCAAAUCGUCCAAAUGUUCAAACCAAACCGGAGGAAGAAGAAAUUUAUUUUUGACCUAAGGAAGUGAAGACAAACGGUCGAAUUUAAUAGGAACCACAAUGUAUAGCAAGCAUUGUUGAGUGUUAUAUUUACACAUAAUCUACACACUUUCAGUCGUUGCAACAGCAGGAAGAUAUAAAACAGUAGCUUGAGCAAUAUGGAAAAAGUUUUACGUUAAGGACUACUCAUUACACCCAAUACAACAAGACCUUACAUAUCUACACAACUUUCAGAAAUGCAAUGCAGCUUCAGCAAAUUAAAUUAAUAAAUCCAAUCAAGUUUUACCAGCAAACUUGCUCCUCUUCAACUGCAAGCAUAACACAAAUGAUUUACCUUAAGUUGGUCGAUAAAGAGUUGCUCAACGCCUUUAGACUCUCAACUAAUCCUACAACUUUCACAAAUUGGCAGUUCUACUACAUCAUCCUUCUCGGCAGGAGUAACACACACCGAUUCCUCAACCACAUUCAUAUAUGAUCAACAUUAUUUUAGGCGUUUAACCAACGGUGCAGCCACCUCAACUCUCUCCUCAUGUUGCAUAAUUUUCUUAUAUUCUAAUAAGGAAACAUUGGUUUUUCGGAUAUUGCUGGAUGUUUAAAGACCGCGAGUGGUUGUAAAGCACUCGUACGAAUCUUGAAUAACAGAGUAUAUUGUCAUCAAUAUGGUAAGCAGCUAGUUGAGAGUUUUCUGGAAGUUUUUUUUUUAAAUAAUUUAAUUUCGCUAAAUGACUUGUUCGACACUAUUUCGUCGCCUAUAAUUUUUUGACUUUCCAAAAUUUUAGGAAUAGCUGCCAUGAUGGUAUUUCAUACCGCAUCGAUAAUAACAAUAUUCUAAUUGCUUCAUACAGUUGCUUAAAAGUAAAAUACUUUUGUGGAGAUCACUUAUAGUAUUAUAGAAAUUUAUAACUCUGGUAAUUCUUUCUCAUGACUUUUUCAUUCUCUUUUCAAUCUCCCAAAAUUUGCUCUCAUACGAUAGAGAUACAAAUUUUAAACAUUCUUCCAAUGCUUGGUCACCACGAUAGCAACAUUCGCAUAAUUGGAAGAAUAUUAUUAUUUAAACAACUUCUGUGACUUGCUCUCUUGGAGCGAUUUCUAACUCUCUUAGAGUUAUGCUCAAAUCCCUUAAAACCUCCUUUGGUUCUUUUGUGUCACUUUGAGCUCUUUUUAACUCUUUUAGAGUUUCUUCUAGCUCAAAAGUA